UUUUACGAAUUAUGUUAAUUAUUAAAAUUGAGAAACCUUAUUUCUUAUACAACAUAUAAAAAAAAAUAGUUUGCUCUAUAAUAAUAUUAUAUAUCGAAUAUGCGCAAGAAUUCUAAUUCUAAUUUGGUCCAUGUUCUGCUGGCCUGGGGCUUGCCGUAUUAUUCUUAAUUCACAAGAGGGUCAAUUAAAUAUCUCAUUAUCCCAUACAUUAUCUCAAUUUAUUAAUGACUAUUCCGAAUGCUUUAACAUUUGAAAUUAAAAAAAAUUAAAAUAUUGAUUCACCUCUAACAUUUGAUUUUAAAAUGAUGGCAUCAAAGCGCCUAUAUAUAUCUCAAAUUAAAAAAAACGAUCUCUGAAGGGACCUUCUUUUUAUUACAUCGUUUCAUAUUUAUUUUCCUGUUUUAAUCUUCACCCAGAAGACCUUUUUUUUAAGAAAAAAGAAAUUCAUAUAUAUAUAUAUUAUGCAUCUACUUCCUUCGUUUAUCUCCGACAAAAUAAACUCCAUUUGUCAUGGAAAGAUUAGUAAAACCACUAUCCGCGUUAAUCGCACACUUUCUUGUGGUGAUCGCUCUGAAGGCGGGAGCGGAUCUUACGUGAGAAAUCCUCCUAUGCCGCCCGACCCUCGAGCCUUUCCCUCCCUUGCUUCGCCCUUUUUCGAGACCUACUUUUUUGGCCGAUCACCCUCUCCCAUUAAUAAAACCACCUCUCGUUAUAAAACCAUCAACCAGGGAUUUCCUCACGAUGCCCUCUUUCGUAACACCGAUUACGAUUACUUAACGCGUCGUAAUAGCGAUGAAAACGAUUACGAUUACCGUUUUAACCGCGAUUUAUUGUGCCGCAACCCCCGCAUAGUCGACCCGGCUGAGCAUGUCCAUUCGAUAUUGGGUGGCGGUGGCGUGGCUAACUCGGAUCAAGAAUUCGAGCGCUUGUUUAUCCAGAUGGACGAGCUGCGUUUCGUCAAUUCUCCCCUUCCAAUUUCUCCCGUUAAUUUCAGCGCUCCUAACGAUCUUUCCAAUGCCCAGUCGACCAUAGGCGGUAAUGGUAUACCUUUGUGGGAGGAGGUCGCCAGAUGGGUCAAGUUUGAAGAGGACGUGGAGCCAGGCAGCCACCGGUGGUCCAAGCCCAGGGUCGCCACGCUAGCCUUACACUCUCUCCUUGAACUCAGGAGUUGCAUCCUCAACGGGAUGCUCAUAUUGGACAUGGAGGGAUCCUGCCCUCUUGACAUUCAAAAUAAUCUUAUCAGCUCUCUUCUCUCCUCCAAUCAAAUAACGCCGGAAAUAGAGGUCGAUGUCCGCGGGAUACUCAAAGCACCCCACGUUUUUCAAUACACUAAGAACGCUAAUUUUAGGAACGUCGCUUCUAAGAGUCAUUUUCCUAACACAGCUUCGCUACCCGUUAUAGGAGCCGGACGAUUGCACGCCAAAUUUAACAACGUAACGUCUCGCAACGUCCCUUCUUCAAACAAUUACUCUAACCAACCAUCGCAGUUAGAACCUUCCCCCACAAACAAGGCGCUCGCUUCGAACGGAGAGCUAACUAAGGUUAAGCGAAUUAAAAAGGUUUCUAUGCCUAAAAGCAAGACUUCCCCCGGUCCACUGUCUCCCACUCACAAAUUGACGGAUAACCUUGAAUCAUCUGACAACGACUCCAAAAAAAUAUCGCCCGCGGUUGGCAAUUGCCAUUUUAUGAAAAAGUUGCCUGAAAAGGCUGAGGCCGCUCACGUUUUGAUAGGGGAAGCCCCCUUUUUGCAGAAACCUAUAAUCGCCUUCGUUCGUUUGCGAGACGCGGUUUAUUUAGCCGACGCGACCGAAGUACCUAUUCCUUCGAGAUUUAUAUUUUUGCUCAUCGGUCCCGUUGGAUACGUUGACAAGUACCACGAAAUUGGGCGAUGUCUGGCUACCUUGAUGUCGGAUGAAGUGUUCCACGACGUGGCUUACAAGGCCAAGAAUAUCCAGGAUAUUUUGGCGGGGGUAGACGAAUUUUUAGGCCAAGUCAUAGUCCUUCCUCCAGGAGAGUGGGAUCCUACCAUAAGAAUACAACCACCUUUGAAUAUCCAACCCCAGCUGAAUCGAAUUAGCAAAAAAUGCGAUAAAAACGGUUCUGAAAAAGACGAAUUCAAGAUUCUCGAGCACGAAGACAAGACUCUCGUUAAGACUGGCAAGUUCUGUGGCGGCCUUAAACAAGACAUAGAGCGCAAACUGCCUUGGUACUUUUGGAGUGACAUAACUGACGCACUUUCGAUGCAAUGUCUGGCAUCCUUCUUUUUCCUCUAUUUCGCUUGCUUGGCGCCCAUCGUGACCUUCGGCGGCCUCCUAGGUGACGCUACUGGACAUAAUUUGGCUACGAUAGAAAGCUUAUUAUCUGGGGCCAUAUGUGGUAUAACAUGGGCACUCUUUGCUGGUCAGCCUCUCACCAUAAUGGGCAGUACUGGACCUAUACUCGUAUUUGAAUCCAUCGUAUUUUCCUUUUGCAGAGAUAAAGGCCUAAAUUAUCUAUCCUUCCGUUGCUGUAUAGGCCUAUGGACCUGCCUCAUACUACUCGUAAUGGUAGCUACAGAUGCUAGCGUGCUGGUUAAAUACGUUACUCGAUUCACGGAAGAACUCUUCGCUUCUCUCAUAAGUCUCAUUUUUGUGUACCAAGCUUUUAAAAACAUUUACCAUAUUAGCAAGGAAUAUCCCGUCAUUAGACGGAACCCCCUACCUCCAGGACACCCUUUUCUAACGCCUUCCAACAUAUCCACUUUAACGUCGAAUUAUUCCAUUGCCAUUGCUAAUUUUACGGACGGCGAUCACGGGUAUCCUCAUGUUUCCGACGUUUUUUUCUUGUCCGUCAUCCUCUUCCUCGGCACCUUUUUGUUGAGCUUUGUUUUUAAAUCUUUUCGGAAUACUACAUAUUUCUCAAUGAAAGUUAGGUACACUAUAAGCGAUUUCUCCGUCCUAUUUACGGUACUAAUAAUGAUCGGACUAGAUUUCUAUUACGGAUUGGCUACACCUAAGUUAUUGGUUCCUAGCAAUUUUAGGCCCACUUCUCCUCUGAGAAAAGGGUGGUUUAUUAACCCUCUAAGCGAAAAUCCUUGGUGGACGUCCUUAGUUACAGUGUUCCCGGCACUUUUGGCAACCAUCCUCAUUUUUAUGGACCAACAAAUUACAGCUGUUAUUGUUAACCGGAAAGAAAAUUUACUCAAGAAAGGAUGUGGUUACCAUCUAGAUCUACUUCUCGUGUCCCUAUUAGUGGCUAUAUGUUCCUUGCUUGGAAUUCCUUGGUUUGUGGCCGCCACCGUACUCUCCAUAACACAUGUCAACAGCCUCCGGGAGGAAACAGAAUGUUCGGCCCCAGGAGAGAGGCCCAAAUUCCUUGGUGUCAAGGAACAAAGACUUACCGGAUUUCUCAUAUUCGUGUUCAUUGGCUUAUCCGUUACGAUGACUAAAUUAUUGCAAUACAUACCUAUGCCCGUUCUUUACGGCAUUUUCCUAUAUAUGGGGAUUUCUUCCUUGAAAGGUGUUCAAUUCGUACAAAGGAUAUCGAUAUUCUUCAUGCCUCAAAAAUAUCAACCCGACUACAUGUUUUUACGGUCCGUUAAAACAUAUCGCGUUCACAUGUUUACAGCCAUACAAUUGUCAUCACUAGCCGCGCUCUGGGCCAUUAAAUUGUACAAGUCCAUCUCCAUAUGCUUCCCCAUUAUGGUAGUCGCGCUGAUUGGCAUCCGGAAGCUCAUGGAGAAAAUAUUUACCGCCAGAGAACUCGGCGUUUUGGACGACGUAAUGCCCGAGUCAGAAAAAAAGCGGAAAAGUACGGAUGUUUCUUUGAUAAACGACAAUAACGGUUCUUCUGACCCACGGUUUACUCAAAAGUCCGCCAAAAAUCGAGUUGGUUUGAGACACAGAGGUGGGCGAUCUGUAAAUAGCGGGUUGAUGGGCAGAAUUCUCAGCCUUUUCCGAUCUGAAACCGGUGUUUGUGAAUAUGAGCCCGUUAAAGCCAACGCAGCUACCCAUGAUGGGGACCGCGAUGCUGACAAUUCCCUUGUAAAAGUUUCGAUAAGGCCUCAGAAUUUAGAUAGUGAAUCGAACAAUUUUGACGAAGAAACCAAACAUUUUGAUCAAGACAGUGAUGCUGAAAACACUACCCACGUUGUAACGAAUUCUUUAAAUGGCGGAUCAAGUGAUACUAAAAUCUUAUUGACACCGCGUAUAGAUGUUAAAGUUUCAUUAUUGGAAAACGUCAACUCAGUCAGAAAUAAAUUACCACAGGUGUCAUUCUUGACCGACACCAUGAAUAUUACCCGCGAAAUUGAACGAACGGCAGUGUGGAAAUCACUAGCUAAGGAAAAGUUCAUAACAAACGCGUCAGCUUCCGCUAUCAACGUAUCGGAGAAUCAAAUGAUCCCAGUUUCGGGCACCAAUCCAAACAUCCCCCAAAAACAACAUCAUUCUCAUCAAAAUCAUUCGGAUAAAUGGGCAGUUCAAGAUUACGACUCUAAAUCGGAAAAUAAACCCCACUUUCAAGCACCCGAUAAAUUCAGCAUUAGAAUAGGAUCUGAUGGUGAGGAUGAUGGUGUUGUCAUGAUCGGCCAAAGAUAUCGUAACAAAGCCAUUUUGGAUCCCGCUAAAAUAUCAAUCAAUAAUCAAAUUUCAUGCGAAUCCGACACUUGUUCACAUGAUCAAAGAUACCCGGAUCAGACUCCAUUGGUGCAAAUGGCAAAAUGGGCACGUCCAGAGAUGAGGGGAAAUAACGAAAAUUUUGAUCUUUCUAGGGAUACUGACCCCAAGAAUAUCUCAUUGUUGCCCUAGGCCCUAUAAAUUAGAUUUUGUACCUAUCGCUAUCAAAACUUAUGCAUCCGUUGUUUAUAUAAUUUUAUUUAUUUUUAUUUUUUUUUGUUUACCUAACUAAUUUCAUUAACGUAUAUUAUCUUAUUUAAUUUACAUAAAACCUAAUUAAAAAUAUUAAUAAUUUAUAAAUUUAUAAUUAAUUUUAUAAUUAAAAAUAAAAUUCUAUAAUUGAGUUCCCAAAAAGGAACCAUAAUUGUGUCUAAAAAUUUCUAUUCGAAUUUUUUGUCGAAUAAAAAGGAAUUCUCUCGGUUCAUUUGUCCAAAUAAUAUUUUACUUGAUUUUAACGUUUGUUUAGUUACAUUCUUUUUAUCCUCACAUAAUACUUCCUUCGUAUUUAAUUUCAUACUCGCGUUAUAAAAAAAUUUAAUAUCUUAUGUGAUUUUAAUUAUUAUUCAAUUUUUUCGAAUAUGUAUCUAUUUUUAAGUAUACAUAAUAUUAUAUAAGUUUUCGCGUAUCCACAUAUUUUCUAAAAAAAAUUAACAAAUUCAUUGAAAGUUUUAUGCACUCAAUUUUUC